AUUCCCUCGCUCGCGGCCUUGUACAGCAUACUGUCCUUGCGGCGCUGCUGGCUCCGCCGGGUGUUGGGUCAACGUUCUCCCGUCCCCCCGAGCGCAGUCUCGCGUGGUUCUCCCGUCCCCCGAGGCCCGAGCGUAGUCUCUCUCUUUUGCCGUGGUUCUCCAGUCCUCCCUCAUCCGCUCUCUUUCUUUCUCUCGUGGCGAGUGGUAACGACGUCAGGUGCUCAGGUCUUGUUCAGGCCCUUCGCCGGCGACGAGCACACAGCAAAUGGAUACAGGAGCUCAAGCUAUGUUCAUCAUCAGUCUUGUGCUCUGGUGUACUACAAGCUUUGCCUUGGAUGAUGCUGCUGCUACAAGGAUUCCAAUUGUGGGCACAUUACCUCUGUCAAUGAAAGAAAAUCCGCAAUUAUGCCAACUUUGUGAGGAGUUUGCAUCAGAGGCCCUCUUCUAUUUAAAUGAAAAUGAGACCCAGACUGAAAUCAUUGAUACACUACACCAAGCUUGUUCAAAGUUUGGCUCUUUUAAGCUGGAGUGCACGAGGUUGGUGGAUUAUUAUGUCCCUCUUUUCUUCACAAAAAUUGCUUCAUUAAGCCCUGAAGAAUUUUGUGCAUCAGCAAGUUUUUGUGGGGGGGUAACAUUCAUUCGUCUUCCAAGACAUGAAGAUACUUGCACCCUUUGCCAUGAGGUUGUCGAUGAGGUUGUUACUAAUCUUGAAGAUCCAGGCAUGGAGCUUAAGAUAAUUGAGAUACUUCUGAAAGGAUGCAAUAAUGCAGAGGAUUAUGUACAAAAGUGCAAGAGGUUGAUAAUCCAAAAUGCACCUAUCAUAAUGGAGAAUAUUAAGAAGUUCCUCGAGAAGAGAGAUUUUUGCAAUUCUAUCCAUGUCUGUGGAAGUAAAUCCGUUCGCGCUGGAUCACAAGUCCUCAGAAGCCUUUCUUCAGCCUGAAGCCCUGAACUUGCACGGAUUGUUAUGAUCAUGCAACAGAUAUUAGUGUAAAAACAAGUCCAGGCGCCGCUAUGUGAGUCCCGUGUGACAUCGACUGUACAGAUUUGGCUGUGUACAUGUUAAAGGAAAACACAACUGAGGCACAAACCUCUUCUGUUUACGGGUCAUGAGCAGGGUGUGUAUUUGAACUGUAUAUCAUUAUACCUUGGAUUGGAUGUCAUGUUGCUCUAUAUUUAUACGUAACCGAGUUUUGUAACUUUGGAGAAGUAAUGUAUAUGAUGCCAAAGCUUGAUCUUCCA